AUGGAGAGGGACGGGCAUGGGAAGCUGGCUCUGGAUCUGCUCUCGUGCUUGGUCGUGGCUGGCUUCUUCCACUUUACCCACUCCUUCGUACAUACAAGGCGCCCUUCUCCAGUUUCAGCGCAGGGGGCCUACAACUACACCGCACCGGUUCACUUCUCCAGACCGAAGCGUCUUUUCCACGAGAUCUCUAUUGAGAUCGGGCACGCUAGCGUGACAGCUUAUGUGUAUGUAGUGGAGGGGGUUCCGGAGCUGAAGCAUCCCGUUUCGCUUCCCAUCAACGUGGACAGUCAGAUGAUGCCUAACCAGAUCUCUGGCCGUUGAGAAAUUCGACUUUCGCAUCUACGACAUCCAGCCGCCCAGCCACAUCUGCUGUGAUUGCGCGGAGUAAGCUUCCAAUUGGUUUGCCGUUGUGCCGACCGAUGCACCUCGGGUUAUCGGCAGAGCACCGGAUUGGAGCCGCAACAGAUGGCCUGGUAUGCGACUACACACCACAUGUAUCGUCAACUUUGCUCUGAGAACCUGUGCCGCAUUGGUGAUAGGUGUGACGCAACGGACCUUAAGCUUGUUUAAAAGCCUCAUCAUCCUCCUGAUAGAUUGGG